AUGAAUAAGCUGUUCCCACGGUUACCUUUUCCCUUCAAUCCCUUCGAGCACUUGAAUGAGACGGAUUUGUCGGCAGAAUGUCUAAGGGACGUCACCACAUAUUCCGCAGGCCUCACCGCAUUCACAGAGACUUUCUUAGCAUGCAGACAGAAUGGAAGCUGUACCAUGGAACAGCAAAAAGUUCUCCAAGAAAAUAUUUUUGCUAUCCAACAAAUCGAUGCCUCUGGAAAAAUUCCAUCUGGGCUAUUGGAGCUUACAUUAGUGAGUUCAGGAUCUUAUAGUGAAUGUAUGGCAGUGAUUGCACCCUAUCAGGUCCAGUACUGUUAUGUGGAUGUUGCGAUCAAUAUGACAGGUCCGAUUCCUGGCGUGGAAGUUGUCCCAAAAUUCGCUGUUUGCAUGCCUGAAAGCUGUACGGAUGAGGACAUCACAAACUUCCUGAACAGCGCAAAUCCACAAGAGCUGCUUAUCGAAUUUACUGGCACGAAUUGCGUUCCAACGAGAAACUCCUACCCAGCAUCGUUCUGGAUAUUCAUGACCGUUCUGGCCUUUCUUAUCUCUUGGUUAAUCAUUGCUACGGUUGUUGACUAUGUGUGGCAAAAUCGCUACAUGGAUAAAGAACAAAACAAAGCAGUGCGCAUACUUCUUGCUUACUCAAUCUACAGUAACGGAUCUCUAUUGUUGAAUGUUAGCCCACCUAAAGAAGGAACAUUGAAAUCCUUAGCAUCAAUUCGUUUCAUCUCCAUGACUUGGGUUGUAGCAGGACAUGUUUUAAUGCAGGACGCAUCCAGCGAUACUUUUGCACCUGUGCUAAAUUUGUGGAACCCUCUACUAUCAACCACAAUUUUAAAUGCGUUUUUCUCAGUGGAUACAUUCUUUAUCCUAUCUGGUAUUCUUGUAUCCUACAUAUUCUUCAAAUCUAAACCUACGGCUAGAUAUGUCAAAAACCCGCUUGUUUGGGUAAUGUUCUAUGUCCAUCGUUACGUCAGACUUACUCCUCCUAUAAUGGUUUUCAUUGGAUUUUAUGUAAUUAUGGAUCCUUUUGUAAGUGGACCGUGGGCUAAAUCUUUAAUGCCUUUAUUCGAUAUGCCUCAUGGUACGUGUAAAAAAUACUGGUGGCGUAAUCUGCUUUACAUAAACAACUUUUUCAAAUUCGAGGAGAUAUGUUAUAUAAUAACAUGGUAUCUUUCCGUUGAUACACAGCUUUAUUUUGUCGCUCCAGUCUUCCUUAUCCUACUUUCUAUUGCUCCAAUUGCUGGAUUUUUGCUUAUCUUCGCAUGUGUUGCGGCCAGUGUUGGUAUA